AUGAAUGGACAGCCAAGCAUAAGGGACCAAUUGAGCGGGUUCCCCAUUUUCCAGAUGGCCUUAAUCGGCCUUCUAAGAUUGAGCGAGCCGAUCGCGUUCGCCAGUUUCCUAUCGUACAUAUUCUUCAUGAUCAAGAGCUUCCGAAUAGCCAAGAACGACGCUGAUGUGUCUCGAUUCAGCGGGUAUCUAGCUUCAGCAUUCUCGUUUAGCCAGUUCCUAAGCUCGGUGCAGUGGGGUCACGCUGCGGAUAAAUACGGGCGCAAGCCGAUCAUAUUGGUGGGGUGCUUGGGCACCGCUUUGCUGAUGCUUGUGUUUGGAUUCAGUCCCAAUUUCUACGUGGCAUUCCUAGCUCGCGUCAUGAUGGGGUUGUUGAAUGGUAACGUCUCGAUCAUGAGGACUAUCGUGGGUGAGAUUGCCGUGGAGAAGAGACAUCAGGGGAUCGCGUUCUCCAACUUGUCGCUCAUUUGGUCGCUUGGGAAGGCAAUCGGGUACUACUUGUCGGGGAUCUUGACUGAUGUGGAUCAUUUUAGAGAUUACGACAACGACAAGGAGCAGCAGCAGCAAAUUGAAAAGCCAGGUAGGAGAGAAGCGCAGCAGAUGGGGAUAUUUGCCAGGUUCCCGUUUGCCUUUUCGAAUAUAGUUGUCGCGUCGAUGAUUUUCAGCUUUGUGAUAUUGGGGUGGCUUUUCCUUGAGGAGACUCAUGAUGUGGUCAAGUACAAGAGAGAUCGGGGGCUCGAAGUAGGCGACAAGGUGCGCAGCUUGCUUGGGUUUGAAGUACCCGAGCGUCCAUGGCAGCAAGUCAAAGAUGAAGCCGCCGACCAUUUGAUCUCCUCCACCUCGUCGGAUAAAGAUGACGAGGAGGAAGAAGAGUAUGAGAUGCAGCUGUUUUCAAGCGACUACACUCCCACCAUAGUAGAAGAGCCCGUGCUUACUAGUCCCAUAAUCUACAGAAUCGCCUGCAAUUUCUUAUUAUCCUUCCUGAAUGUCAUCUAUGCUGAGUUCUUGCCCGUGUUCUUGGCCAAGACGAUCGACGCCAAGUCCUUGAAAUUCCCCUUUUUGAUCAAAGGUGGCUUUGGAUUCACCACGAGCGAGAUUGGCACGUUGCUUUCGGUAACUGGGGUAAUUGCCGUUGUGCUAGUGAGCUUGGGAUUCCCCGUUAUCAACAAAUACUUGACGGUUCUCACUGCUUUCCGAAUGGGACUUUUGUUUAUGCCAAUUGCUUACUUCUGCUUGCCGCUUAUAAUAUUCACCAUUCCACAAUAUAGCCAUUUGAGUCCAAAGUUGACAAACUCGCUACUUUUCACCGAGGCCACGGCAAUUGGAUUCAUCCAGUCCUUGCUCUUUUCCCAGGUGACUUUACUCGUCCACCGCGUUAGCCCCAAAAAACACCGUGGAUUGGUGAAUGGGUACACGAUUUCCAUCACGGCGCUAGCGCGGUUCAUUUCACCCUUGAUCUGGGGGUACGUCAUGACUGGCUUGGAUGUCAAGAAUGUGGGAGGAUUGAGUUGGUGGCUAUUGGGAACCGCUUGUUUUUUUGCGUUUUGCGUCACAUUAAUGAUGAAUGAAGACGACGAUUUGGAGUAG